AAAGGGGGGUUUACACGAUGCCAGUGACUUGAACAAGUUACUAAAAUCCAGCACUGGAUUUUAGUACUUGCUUUGUGUAAACAUAUAUUCCAAUACUAAAUUCCAGUACUGAUUUUAGUAACGAUUCCAGUACAGUGAAUAGAAAGCAUUUCUAUUUACUGAAGCAAGUGGUUACCCCCACUCCCACUAUCCUCUUAACUAAACCUGUGUAGACACGAUGAUUCCAGCGUUCGAUUUUAGUAAAUAAAUCAGUACGUAGUUUUAGUAAUUGUUUUAAAGUGUAGGUGUUAUUAUUAUUCAAAAUGUGCGCAAAAUGGACUGAAGAUACCACAGUAAAGUUUGUAGAAUUAUAUAGGGAGGAAGAGUGCCUUUGGAAUACACAGUUGGUAAUCUAUAGAAAUAAACAAGCCCGUGAGUCGGCUAUAAAAAGAAUUGUGGAAACAAUGGAAAUCGAGAAUUUUGGCCCAAUAGAUGUAAAAAACAAAAUAAAAACUCUAAGGUCGACGUAUGUACAAGAGGUAGCAAAAAUUAAGAAAUCGCAAAGCUCUGGGGCCGGAGCCGAUGAAAUAUAUAAACCAAAAAUGAAGUGGUUUUCAGUUAUGCAUAUGUUUUUACAAACAAUGGAUAAGAGAAGGGUAACAUGCAGUAAUUUGGCUUCAGAAACAUAUAAUGGAUCGAAUACAUUACAAGUAGAAGAUGAAGUUGAAGAGGCAACACACGAAGAAGUACCAUUAGCAGCAGAGGUAAUAAAAGCGAAUGUUAGUGGAGCUAUUAAUGAACCUACUCCAAAACGCCAUAAGGCAGCGAAGUCCAAGAUUAAAGAAGUUGCUGGUUGCAUCAAAGACUUAAAUUCUUUAACGACGUCUAUUCGAGAUCUACAAUCUACGGAAUCAUCUGAAAAUGAAUUCGAUAUUUUCGGGAAGAGCGUAGCUGCACAAUUAAAUAAGUUGCCCCUUUUAGCGGCCGUCACGGCUCAAGCUGAAAUUCAGCAAAUUUUGACUCGUUCCAGAGUGUCAAAUAUAGAAGGUACAAGCACCUCAUUAGGUUCUUCCAGAUGCACCAGUGCAUUUAGUACUUUGCCGAUCCCGGAAUCAGGUGAGACCUUGAUUUCUCCAGAAUCACCCAACACAUCCCUACCACCGGCAGAUAACAAUACAAGCAAUAUUCUUUCCGAAGCAUAUAGAUCCGCUUUUGAUCUAGAUACUGAUAAUUGGGGUUAGAAUCAUAUACUUUAUUUUCAUUCAUACUUAAUAUUUAGAUUUCAGUUUAAAGAAUAAUGUGUUAUUUUACGUUUAAUUGAAUAAUAUGAUAUAUGAAUAAUUAUUUUUUUACUGUUGAAAACUAUGAUUUUAAUUUUAUAAAAAAAGGAAUACGACAUUAUUUACCUGUAUAAAAUCCUCCAAUGCAUCGUAUAUGGCAUCGCAUACUUCUGGAAUAAACUUGGAAAUUGCAGGCCGGGAAACACGGAAUUGCUGCUGCAAAUUUCGGUAACUAUUUCCAGUAGCUAAAUAUGACAGAGUAAUUUCUAAUUUUGUUCUGGCAGGUAAAGCCAUUCUCAUUGUGGGGUCAGAUCGCUGUAUAGCUGGCGAUAUUUUUUUCAGAAGAACGUCAAAGGAAGCAGGAGACAUUCUCAUACAGUUUCUGUAUUCUUGAACGUCUUCGAUGGCAAGUUCCUUUAAAAGCAUGUUAGAUGCACCAUGCGUGCUUCUCCUUGCCAGCCAUUUUCUAACCCAAAUUCUUUUCUUGGGAUUUGUUGUUAAUUCACUCUGAACAAUGUCAAUUAACUCCUCUAUCAGUACUUUAACACCUAAUAUUAAGCUUCUUUUAAGUAAAACAUAUUCCUUCUGCUUCGCACUCAUCAUUUAAAUUUAACGUUUUUAAUUCUCGCCUGUAACCUACACUACAAAAACUUGAUAAAAUGGAUUUUAUGCAAGUUACUUGAUCAAAUGACUGGCAUCAUGUAGACAAGAACUAUCUUCCAAAGCACUUGCUUUUGGUACUGGAUUCUAGUAACUUGUUCAAGUCACUGGCAUCGUGUAAACCCCC